CCCUCCUUCAUAGGAGUGUGUCCUCCACACUCUCAUCAUUCCAUCUUCUUCUAAAUAAGAUAUUUUCCUCAAAUAACUUAACUUUUUAUUUUCAUGGAAUCAAACAAUAAUUCAUCAAUCAACCAAACAAAAUUUGUCCAUCCAAACAAUAAUAACCAUGAACAACAUGCAACACUAGAGAUCGAAAGCAACGAUUUCGAUUACUCGAAACGAUCUCAAUGGCUAAGAGCGGCUGUUUUAGGAGCCAAUGAUGGUUUAGUUUCAACAGCAUCACUAAUGAUGGGUGUAGGAGCUGUAAAACAAGACAUAAAAGCCAUGAUCUUGUCAGGUUUUGCUGGUCUUGUAGCUGGUGCUUGUAGCAUGGCAAUAGGUGAAUUUGUCUCUGUUUAUUCACAACUUGACAUUGAAGUAGCUCAAUUAAAAAGAGACAAUGAAAGGGGUAAUAAUAAUGAUGAAGAAGAAGAAGAAAAAGAGAGUUUACCAAACCCUUUACAAGCUGCUGCAGCUUCAGCUUUAGCAUUUUCAAUAGGUGCAAUGGUGCCACUUCUUGCAGCAUCUUUUAUAAAAGGGUAUAAGGUAAGAAUAGGAGUUGUUUUAGGAGCUGUGAGUUUUGCUUUGGUGGUUUUUGGUUUGUUUGGGGCACUGUUGGGUAAAGCUCCAAUUUUGAAGUCUUGUUUGAGGGUCUUGUUUGGAGGUUGGUUUGCUAUGGCUAUAACUUUUGGGCUAACUAAGUUGAUUGGUUCAAGUGGCCUUUAGUUUAUUAAUUAUAUAUAUAUAUA